AUGGAAACGGACGAGAUGGGAGAGUUCGAGGACGCAUGGGAGGACGAGAUCGAGGACGAUGAAGUGAUGGGUGAAGAGGGAGGGAACGAUGUCAUGGACGUCGACGACGAGGUCAUGCCUCCCAUCGAAGAAACGGAAGAGAAACCUCCAGCACCGAGCGUCUACAUACCCGGCGUACACACACUUGGAAAGGACGAGAUUCUGGAGGCAGACGAUUCGGUGUAUAUCAUGCGACACACCAUGAAUGUGAACUGGCCAUGCUUGUCUUUCGACGUGCUUCGGGAUAAUUUGGGAGACCAACGGCAGAGAUAUCCCGCCACAGCUUACAUCGUCGCGGGGACUCAGGCGGAUGUGGCGAAAAAUAACGAGUUGUCGGUUUAUAAAAUGAGCUCGCUGCACAAAACUCAGAAGGACGACAACAGUGAUGACUCUGACGAUGAAAAUGACGAUGAGGACAAUCUCGACGAAGAUGCCAUCCUCGAGUCUCGUUCGGUGCCACAUCUUGGUGGCGUAAACCGAGUUCGCGCACAACCUCUCCCCCCUUCCUCACUACUACCACCCGCCUCACAACCAUAUCACGUCGCAUCAUGGUCCGAGACCGGCAAAGUACACAUAUGGGAUGUCCGACCACUUAUCGAAUCGCUCGACGUUCCCGGCUAUACCUACGACAAGUCGCGCACACAAACACCUACGCAUACGAUAUCCUCCCAUGGAACAGCCGAAGGUUUCGCAAUGGACUGGGCCGCAUCAGGCUCUUCGAAUGCAUCUGGACUUCGUCUCCUCACAGGCGAUGUUCACUCCAAAAUCUAUCUUACGACUUCCACACCUUCUGGCUUCAACACACUCAGGGAACCCUUCACUUCGCACACAUCGAGCAUCGAGGACCUCCAGUGGAGCCCUUCAGAACCGACGGUGUUCGCGUCUUGUUCGGCAGAUCAGAGUGUUAGGGUUUGGGAUGUGAGGAGUAAAGGGAGGAAGAGUGUGGCGGGGAUGGAUGUGGCCCAUUCCAGUGAUGUGAAUGUCAUCAGUUGGAACCGGAGCACGACAUAUCUUUUGCUCAGCGGUGGUGACGAGGGUGGUAUCAAGGUAUGGGACCUGCGAAACGUCAAACAGCGCGGGACUUCCGCUCCCGACCCUACGCCCGUCGCGUCAUUCUCGUGGCACGGAGGACCCAUUACCUCUAUCGAAUGGCACCCAACUGAGGACUCUAUCUUCGCCGCCUCCGGUGCGGACGAUCAAGUCACACUCUGGGAUCUCGCCGUCGAGCAAGACGACGACGAAUCGGGCGCAAUGGACGAUACACCACAGGGUGGUCGCGACGUGCCGCCCCAGCUACUCUUUGUCCACCAGGGCCAAAAAGACGUCAAAGAGGUCCACUGGCAUCCACAGAUGCCCGGAACGGUGAUCAGCACUGCUCUCGACGGAUUCAAUAUUUUCAAGACUAUAUCUGUAUGA